AGGAUUCGUCACACGUGCUUUUUACAACUCGACGUGCGCACGCGACAGUCAUGAUCGCUAAGUUAUUUAUGUUAUGCUGCGCGUGCGCCGCCGCGGUGGCAGCGCCCGUUAUCUACGGCGGCGUCGGCAUCGCAGCGCCAGCCCUUGCUGCGCCCGCGUACGCCCAAGCCAUUGCCGCCCCCGCCUACGCCCCAGCAAUUGCCCACACAGUAGCAGCGCCGGCCAUCGCAGCCCCCUAUGUUAAAGCAGUCGCAGCACCUAUCGUACGAGCAGAACCUGUGGACCCGAAUCCCGCCUACAGCUUUUCCUACGGCGUAGCAGAUCCAACGACGGGAGACCAAAAGGAUGCUUCUGAGACCCUGCAGAAUGGCGUUGUGCAGGGCUCGUACAGCUUAGUCGAACCUGAUGGUCACCUCAGAAGGGUCACAUACACAGCUGAUAAGAUCAAUGGUUUUAAUGCUGUCGUGGAGAGAACCGGAGGCGCUCAUGGGGUGGCAGCACCGGUGGCUGUUGCAGCUCCCAUAGCUAAAGUGGUAGCGCCAGCGCCGGUGGCAGUCGCUGCGCCUGUCGCUAGGUAUACUCUGCCCGCGGUCGGCGUCGCCCACCCAUGGGGUUAACCCUAACAGAAACCCUUAUCUAGCUGUAUUGAUGACCGAGGUCAUUUUAGUGGAUGAGUAUAAUUGUACGGCUUGUGAAAGGUGCAGUACUAGGUUACGUAUCAUAUAGGCUAUUACAUUCAAUUAUAAAUUGCCUCAUAUUGGAGUAAUUCCCUUUAUUGUAUCACCUAGUACUAAGUAGAAAGAUAAAGGAAUGAGUUUUAGUAUUAUUCCCGUUAAUCAGCCUAUAUGAGUCAUUUUAGAAAAAUGUAACUUUUGGAAUAAUAUCUAAAGCUUUAUUUACAAUGGCCAAGUAUGGAAUUAAUAUUUGUUUUAUUAAAAAUAAAUUAAAUGUUGGUUAUCGAGAAUUCUUUCGUAGUGUUUAGUCUUGAAUAUUUGUUAUGCGCAGAGAUUUAGGAGAUGUCUGGGGUAGACUUCGAUUUGUUUCGAAGGUAUAAUAACCUCGUUUGUCAAUACAGCUUUACUAACGAACUAGCCUGGAUCGGAUUGAAGAAUAUCAGCUGUUUAUAUAAUAACUAGUACUGCUUUGACUGUUGCCUACGGACUUGAUCUUGACGUAUUUACUUAUGUACCUAUAUGUAAAUAUAUUUUUGUAGUUGUU